AGCAUCCUUCUGCGGACACCUGGGGAAGCAGCCGGCGAGCGGGAGCUGAGGGCGCGGGCGGGACUUGCACGCUGGGGAGUGUUCAAACCUCCCUCCCCCGACCACACACACUGACAGGCGGAAGAUUGGACAACUUGGAGGCACCAAGCUGCUGCUGCUGCGCAACUGGUUUUCUGGUCGGUGACAUCGGAGACAAGCACCAGGCCCUGCCCCAGGGCGCGUGAGCCAACCAUGCCUCCUCUGAAAGUCUGCAUCGUGGGGUCUGGGAACUGGGGAUCCGCUAUUGCAAAAAUUAUUGGCAAAAAUAUCCAGAAAUCUAACAGGUUUGAUCCUGUUACGAAGAUGUGGGUGUUUGAAGAAAUCAUAAAUGGGAGGAAACUCACAGAGAUCAUAAACAAAGAUCAUGAAAAUGUGAAGUAUCUUCCAGGACAUACAUUACCUAAAAAUGUGGUGGCUGUAGCAGAUGUCGUUGAAGCAUCGGCUGGGGCAGAUAUUUUCAUCUUUGUUAUACCCCAUCAAUUCAUUACACAAAUUUGUGACCAGAUUGUUGGUCACAUAAAACCUGGAGCAUUUGGCAUUUCACUGAUCAAGGGAGUUGACGAGGGUGCUGAAGGCUUGAAGCUCAUAUCAGACAUCAUUCGAGAGAAACUGAAGAUAGAAGUCAGCGUGCUCAUGGGGGCCAAUAUAGCCAAUGAAGUGGCUGAUGAGAAGUUCUGUGAAACCACCAUUGGGUGCAAAAAUGAAAAGCAUGGACAGAUCUUUAAAGAAUUAAUGCAGACCCCAAAUUUCAGGAUUACCGUGGUGGAUGACUGUGAUACAGUGGAGAUCUGCGGAGCCUUAAAAAACAUAGUAGCAGUGGGAGCUGGAUUCUGCGAUGGACUGGACUUUGGUGAUAAUACUAAAGCAGCAGUCAUUCGUUUGGGCCUCAUGGAGAUGGUAGCCUUUGCAAAGCUGUUCUGCAGGGGUCCGGUAUCAAUAGCUACUUUUCUGGAGAGCUGCGGUGUUGCUGAUCUAAUCACUACAUGCUACGGGGGACGCAACAGGAAAGUAGCAGAAGCCUUCGUGCGGACAGGAAAAUCAAUUGAGGAGCUGGAAAAAGAGAUGCUGAAUGGACAAAAGCUACAAGGUCCUCAGACUUCAGCUGAAGUCUAUAAGAUGCUGAAACAGAAAAACAUGGUUGAUAAGUUUCCAUUGUUCUCCACUGUCUACCAGAUCUGCUAUGAGGGUAGGUUGGUCCAGGAAUUCAUCUCUUGUCUACAGAAUCAUCCACAACACACAUAAGAAUUUCAUGUGGCUCAUCCGGAUGUGGAUUCAUCUCUUCUGGGCUUCUCUCUACUUGGUAGUAAAUAAAAGCAGCCAAAUAAGUCACGUGGCACAUAACUCUUCUUGUAAAGGCAAUUGUAGAAAUUUUUUUUUGUACCAUCAGCCUGAAUAUUUCAGUAUCUCCAAGGAAGUAGGAUGGAUACAGGAUUUAAUAACCUUAAUAUGGGUUUGACUUUGGUUGGUCUUUUCAGAAUCAGCCCUAGGAGAAUUCUUUUCUUUCCUGUUGCUUAUAAGUAAGGCUAAGAUUUUUUUCAUGAAUAUUUUUAGUAAAAGUCAGACAGGUCAUGGGCAAAACAGAGAAAUUCAUGGAAGCCAUGACCUGUCCGUGACUUUUACUAAAAAUAUCCCUGACAAAAUGGGGAUCUGCAGAUCCCCAUGCUGUGGGGCAGCGGUGCAGAUGCUAGGAGCUGCCUGCAGCAGUUGGUGGCUGUAGGGCACCCCUGCCCCCUGCAGCUCCUGGUGUACCCCAGGUGCCAGGAGCUUGGGUUUCCCACUGAAGCCCAGAGCUGCCCACCACCCACAGCGUUUGGGAGCUUGAGGGUUCCCCUUGCCCUGCAGCAGCAGGGAGCUCGGGGGUUCCCCCCCACCCCUGGCCUGAAGCGGGGGGGGCUCCCCUCACACACAACCCAGCACCUGAAAGCUGCAGGGGUUACCCCACCAGCUGGGGUGGCAGGGAGCUCAGGGCUCCUCUACCAGAGCACACCAAGAGCUCUGGUUCCCCCACUGCAGUGCCUGCGGAGGCUGGGAGCUCGGGGGUUUUCCUGCCACUGCCAGCAGGGAGCUUGUUCCCCAGCCCGCAGGGGCAGGGAGUUCCAGGGUUCCCAUGCCGCCCGCGGUGGCUGGGAACUGUAGGGUACUGGCUGCCUGCGGUGGUUUGGCGCUCCGAGGGCCUCCAGAGGUGGCGGAGGUAUCCUGCAACUCCUUGCGCCAGCAGGCGGUGGGGACUCAGCUCCCAACCACCGCAGGCUGAAGUCACGGAUUCCGUGACCUCCAUGACUAAAUCGGAGCCUUAAUUAUAAGCAGUCCCCAAACUCAUCUGCCCCGCACCCGCGUCAAAUCUAAUUCUCACCUUAGAGACUAAAAUUUAUUUGAGCAUAAGCUUUCGUGGGCUAAACCCCACUUCAUCGGAUGUAUUCAGUGGAAAAUACAGUAGGAAGAUAGACACACAAAAUGAAAAAAUGGGUGUUGCCAUACCCACUAUUAUCUCCUGCUGCUAAUAGCUCACCUUAACUGAUCACUCUUGUUACAGUGGGUAUGGCAACACCCAUUUUUUUCAUGUUCUCUACUGUAUUUUCCACUGCAUGCAUCCAAUGAAGUGGGUUUUAGCCCACGAAAGCUUAUGCUCAAAUACAUUUGUUAGUCUCUAAGGUGCCAUAAGUACUCCUCAUUCUUUUUAUUCAAUUUGAUUUCCUAAUAGAAAACUCUUGUGGAAAAGGGUAAUUGUUACUCUGUUCAAAUAUGACUGACUGUUCAGUAGACACAAACAAAACAGUUUACUAUAAUGAAAAAUCUUACCUCUGAAGCUCCCAAGUGUCCUGCUGAGGGAUUUUCAUUAAUUUCUUUUUUUAAAGUACAAGGAUUUUGGAGGGACUAAAUAACACUGCAAAAUGCAUCUGUGUUUAGCGUCAGUAUUUUUCAACAAUUGAUGCCUAGUAAUUACCAUUAGUCAAGAUAGUAAAAUAUAUCUAAGAUUGAUAAUUAGGAUCCAAGCUUCACCCUGAUGUAUACCAUGUGCAAUGUUGUUGAUUUCAAUGGGGUUACAAGCGUGCAAAGAGGGGUAGAAUUUGGACAGUGAAGUUAAAGCCCUUCAUGCUUCAUUGCUACACAUGCACAAAAUAAUUGCUAUAAACGCAGACUUCCUAUGUAAUCACAUUGGUGAAUGAGUAUGCUGCAUUUUAACUCCAGGCAGGAGGUUCCAUUAGAGGCCAGUGCAACUUCAUGCAUCAUCCAGUAGACAGCAAGCAUUGCAGCCACACCCCUACUGCUUUUAGAGAUUAAACUAGCCAUUUCCAUCAUGCAGUCUACACUCAAAAACAUCUACAUCACUUCUGAAUCUCAAAUGACACCCAUGCUGACUCUCAAACCAAUAUUUUAAUUUUGCUACAGUUGGCAGCCAGAUUAUAAGGCUGUAAUUUAACUUUUUGAACACUGUUUUAUAACUGUUUGGGUAACUUUGCAUACUUGAUGUUUUCCAGGGUUAAAAGCCAUCUAUGAAUGAAUUGUGGUACUUUUUGUAUUCCAAUCCUUCUGAAAAGAUAUGUACAUUAAGAAAGGAUGUAACCUACUCUUUGCACAAAAUUGCCUCUAUUUCGCAAUCAUGCUAGGGCAUAAGUUACUGUUUUAUAAAUUCUCUAUACAAAGACCGAAGUAAAAGAUUUUUACAUUAGAAAGAUUUUUCUUCCACAUUUUACAAGAACCCUGUUACAUCCUUUACACUGAUUUGUUCAGAUUAAAAAUAUAGAAACAUGGAAAAAAACCCAAAAAUCUCAGCCUUAAAGAUGAUCAGGAAACAGCCACACAACUCCCAUCCACUUCAAUGGAAAGUGCAUGCCUAAAUCCCCUACACAGCUUUGAAAACUUCAAUUUGUGUCUUUUUGGGGUUGAAUGUAAAUAUGUUGCAUGAUUUUUAAAUGGAAAUUACAAUCAUGGGUUUGAAGUUUUGGGCCCUUUCUUUGCUCCCCUUAGUCAGGCCAAACUCCAUUUGAAGUCAUUUUAAUAUUAUGUAGCAUUUUCAGGUUUAGCCAAUGUUUAUCAAGUAUGAGUUCAUAUAAGUAUAAAGCAAUUUAACUCUGCUAAAUUUAUAAAUAUUUGCUGUAAUUUCAUUUUUCAAAGGCACUGUUAGAAUUGUCCAUUAUUUUAAUACAUAAAUUACUUUUUGAUUGUG